AUGUCAAUCAAUGUCAGAAUCCUGCAAACGGGUACGAUCCGCAUUCGGCCAAGCCACAAAACACAGCCCGCCGACCGAGCAGUUCUUCUCCGGAGACUUCACGUGUUGACAGAUACAACGUGGACCGAGCCUCUGCCCAUCAACACAUACCUCAUCGAACACCCAGAAGGCUACAUCCUGUUCGAUUCCGGCGAGUCUCCGCACUCUAUGGAGCCCGGCUAUUUUCCAAAAUGGAUGCCAUUUUUUCACCUCGCAGUCGAUAUCAACGUCCGCGAAGACGAGGGAAUUGGAAGGAAACUCCAGGAACAGGGCAUCGAGCCUAACGAUCUGAAAGCCGUCGUGCUUUCCCAUCUCCAUCAUGAUCACGGCGACGGCAUUUCGGACCUUAAAGACGCCCCAAUCUACGUCAGCAAAGAGCAUUGGGAUGCCUACAAGUCUCCUGUGCAAGCCACCAUUGAAGGCGCUGUUCCCAACCAAUGGCCGGAAGGAUUCGUCCCGAAAUUGCUUGAGCCGACCGGUGGACCCAUUGGGCCCUUUGAGAGAAGUUACCCGAUCACAUCGGAUGGAAAGGUGGUCGCAGUGGAUACUCCCGGCCAUGUGCCUGGGCAUCUAGGACUCAUUGUGUAUGGAGACAAGGCCACGUACUUCCUUGCUGGGGAUGCAACUUAUGAUCAAGUACUUCUGGAUCAAGAGCUCACGGACGGCGUCAACAGCAACCCUUAUCUGGCAAUCGAAUCUAUCAAGAAGAUCAAGGAACUUGCACGGCAGCAGCCGCUUGUACUGCUUCCUGCACAUGACCCAGAUGCAGCACGGAGGCUGGCUGAGCUAGAUUUCUAUAAGCCAACUGAGCUGUAG